ACUCGCACAAUUUGUAAGUAUUACGAAACGAGUUCAGUUCGGGGCCGUCACCGUCGUACUUUCCAAACCCUAGGACUUUGCUAAGCCUUACAGACUAAUCUAAACCAGUACAAACUACAAACCAUGGAGUUCUCUCAGGACGACUUCGAUCGGCUCCUCCUGUUCGAGCACACUCGCAAGACUGCCGAAUCCAACUACGCCAAGAACCCCCUUGACGCCGAGAAUCUAACAAAGUGGGGAGGAGCAUUGCUUGAGUUAUCACAAUUCCAAAAUGUUUCUGAUUCAAAGAGGAUGAUUAAUGAUGCGAUUUCGAAGUUGGAGGAGGCUUUACUUAUCAAUCCGGUGAAGCAUGAUGCUCUAUGGUGCCUGGGAAAUGCCCACACCUCUCAAGCGUUUCUCACUCCUGAACUUGAUGAGGCAAAGGGUUCUUUUGAUAAGGCGCAUGACUGUUUCGAAAAGGCUGUAGAGGAGGAUCCUACUAAUGAGCUCUAUCGCAAGUCCUUAGAAGUUACCGCUAAGGCGCCAGAGUUGCACAUGGAGAUCCACAAGCAUGGGCUUGGUCAACAGGCUAUGGGUGGGGGAGCUUCUGCUUCUUCUAAUGAUAAGAGUUCCAAGAAGAAGAAGAAGAGUAGUGAUCUCAAAUAUGACAUAUUUGGAUGGAUUAUCCUAGCAGUUGGAAUUGUUGCAUGGGUGGGAAUGGCGAAAUCCCACAUUCCUUCACCUCCUCCAAGAUAAGCCUUUUAUUUGCCCCAUAUUCGAAGGCAACCUUACUGUUUCUGUGCUGGAAGGUUCAAAUUUGGGUUGAUGGAUUCACUAGUCUGGAGAUAUAGUAAAAUUCGGUAUUACAUGUAGUAUGCUAUUCACAUGCCGAUUUUGACUAAUAAUGUCUCGCUGAUUUGGUUGGGCAGAUUAUUAUUUUUCUCUUGUGAGUUUUUUUUGGCUAUUUAGCUAGUAUCUAAAGUUCUUUUUCCCCCUUAA